CCCCACGACAACAUUUACCCACCAAACUGACACCUCUCAACCAACCCAUGCAGCCUCUGUCUCUCAGCCUAGACCCCUACGCCACCGAAAACCAAAUCCCAAAUUUUUUGGGGAAUCAUAUGUUAACAACACUACCCUUCACCCGAUACCCCCUACCUUUGAACCGGCCAAUGUAAAACAAGCUCUUCAGGACCCUAAGUGGAAGGCGGCUAUGGAUGAAGAAUAUGCAACACUUCAACGUAACAACACAUGGGAACUGGUCCCACGCAAUCAUCAUACUCCUAUAACCUGUAAAUGGUUAUUUCGGGUCAAACGUAAUGUGGAUGCCAGUGUUAGUCGUUUCAAGGCAAGGUUGGUGGCGCGUGGUUUUCUUCAGCAACCUGGCCGUGAUUACACUGAAACUUUCAGCCCGGUUACUAAACUUGCCACCAUCCGUAUUAUACUCACUAUAGCUCUCUCUCAAAACUGGGACAUUCGCCAACUAGACGUCAACAACGCGUUCUUGCAUGGAUCACUCACUGAAGAGGUGUACUUGACUCAACCACAAGGUUAUGUGGACCCCGCUCGCCCCACACAUGUCUGCCGGCUUCGUAAGGCCCUAUAUGGCCUUAAACAGGCCCCUCGGGCAUGGUAUAUGGAACUCUCUCGCUUUCUUAUGCAAAUGGGUUUUCGCAAAUCACAGGCAGACAACUCUCUCUUUAUUUAUUCUCACGGAGGCACUCUGCUUUAUUUCCUUGUGUACGUGGACGAUAUCGUCCUCACUGGGAACUCUCAACGUGCACUUGAUCAGUUUGUUGGACAGCUUACUACUCACUUCUCUGUUAAAGAUUUGGGACGUCUUCAUCACUUUCUUGGUAUUGAGGUCAUACCUACCCCGACGGGUGUCUUUCUCUCUCAACGGCAGUAUAUACUUCAUAUCUUGGAUAACUGUAAAAUGUCUAGUGAAAAAGAUGCUACUACACCUAUGAGUUCUACUCUUGUAGAAUCUGUUGCUGACAGUCCUCCUAUGGCUGACCCUCAACUCUAUCGUCGUGCCCUGGGAUUACUCCAAUAUCUAGCUUUCACCAGACCAGAUUUAUCUUUCUCUAUUAAUCGGUUAUCUCAGUACAUGCAUCAUCCUUCAGAGCAUCAUUGGCAGGCCGUUAAGCGGAUUCUUCGUUAUCUUAAGGGAACAAUAAAUUUUGGUCUUUUUCUCCGCCGAAACUGCUCACUUAAUCUCACUGCAUUCUCUGACUCGAACUGGGGAAAUAUACUUGAUGUUGGUCGUUCAACAACUGCCUAUGUUCUAUAUCUUGGUUCAAAUAUCAUCUCCUGGAAAUCUGCAAAACAGAAGUGUGUUUCUCGCUCAUCCACUGAGGCCGAAUAUCGGGCCGUCGCACAUGCUACCGCCGAAUUAUUAUGGGUCCAGAAUAUUCUCCGUGAACUUCGUAUCAGUAUAUCUCAGCCUCCGGUUCUAUAUUGUGACAAUCAAGGGACAACAUAUGUGUGUGCCAAUCCGGUCUUUCAUUCUCGCAUGAAGCAUUUAGCCCUAGAUUAUUUCUUUGUUCGGGAGCUUGUGGAACAAGGAGCUCUGAAGGUUCAACACAUCUCUACUAAACUUUAAAUUGAGGAUAUUUUAACAAAGCCACUUGGAAAUACUUCGUUUCUACAAUUUCGUCACAAGCUGGGAGUUUCUGACGGAACCUCCAUCUUGCGGGGUGUAUUAACACAUAAUAAUUAUGUACAUAAUAUGUAUAUUUCAUAACUUACGUACAUAUUAUAUCAUACUUAUCUCUAUGAUAGUUAGCACUCCCUAUUAUGUAGCAUACUUAGCUUAUCCCCUUAGAUAUUCACGUAGUCAGUUACGUAGAGUUUAUCUCUACCCAAAUCAUGUGUAUAAAUAUGUACCGCAUGUAUUAAUGUUAAUAUAGAACAUUCAAUACUUUACGUAUCUUAUGUAAGUUGC